AUGAUUAAUAAGGAAAAAAUAAGUGCUAAUAAUCAUGAAAUAGCAAAAUCUUAUUUAUAUGUAUAUACGGAUAAAUCUAUGUAUAAUGAGAAUGUUCAAAAUUUAAUAAAUUACAAAAGAGGAAAAUGGAAAAAAAUGUUUAAAUUUUUGAAUUUGUUUGUAUUUAUUUUUCUUUUUGUAUAUAUUGGCGAUUAUUUAGGUAAUGAACUGAGCUAUCAAAAGAAUGACGUAGAAAAUUUUACAGAAUUUAGAAUUAAUAGAUUAUUAGUUGAAACGAAAAAGGGAAAAGAUAAAGAUAAUAAGAAAACUCAUUUUAAUAGAUUAGAAGUAGAUUUUAGUAAUAAUAUGAAUAGGGAAGAUUAUAUGAAAGUAGAUAGUGAAUGUCGAGUGUUAGAUGUAAAUUCAAUGAAUACAAGUGAUGGAAAAUAUGAAGUAAAAGUAACGCUGCAAACUGCAUUAACCCCAAGGGAUAUAAAUAUAUAUGCAUUAAAUAAUUCUAUGAAUAGAAAGGAAUGGGAUAAAAUCAUAAAAGAUAUAUAUAAGGAUGAUAAUGGAAAUGACAUUUCUGAGGGUACAAAAAAAAUUAAGAAAAAGAAGUUUAUAAAAUAUGUAGUGGAUGUAUUGGGAUAUGCUGUAUUAAUUGUUGUUUUAAUACCUUGUUCCCCUUUUAUUUUACUUGGAGGUAUUGGUAGAUGCACAUUUCAUUCAAAAGAAUCGGGUAAAAAUUAUUUUAUAUCUGUAUGGAAUGCACUGUUUUAA